AUGUCGCUCGAUCUCGACCAAGUGCUGUAUGCGCGCGCGGGAUGGCGCAAGGCGGUGCUGAUCCCGCUCUGGGUGUUCCAAGUCGCCGUGCUGCUGUGUCUGAUGGGCAUCUUUGCCUACCGCUUGGCCGAGACGUUUGAGCACUAUGAGGAACUCGACAAGCUGGGCGAGGUGCCCAUUGUCGAGGUUGUCUGGGAGGGCACCAACGUGCUCUUCAACCUCGUCGCGCUGAUCCUCACCAUCCUCGAGGUCGCCCGCAAGGCCACCGAGCGGCUGACCCCGUUCUUCAUGGUCUGCAGCCAGGUCGUGAAGCUGACCCUCGCCCUGGCUGUGCUGGCUCUCGACAUCGUCGCCUACCUCCGGCGCAUGGACGGCCACUACUCGACCAUCGGCCUGUCUCUUGACUGCGGGUUACUCGCGGCAACCCUGGCCACAUUCGCCUACGCCCUCGUCACCUACCGCCGCCUUCUCAAAUACGAGGACUACCACCUGACCGCCAACGCAAAAGCCCAGGGCGGCUAUGUCCCAGGCGGCGGCGAGUCCGUCGAGCUGGGCUACAACAAUAGAGCCAGCUACUACGCCCACAACUACCCGAGGAGCGAGGAAACCCAGCAGGGCAUCAUCUACUCCGACACCUCCUACCGUUCUCAAACACAAACCCGACCCUACUCGGAAUCGUACAAGUAUCCGCAAGUUCAAGUCCAACCCUACCCCGAAUUUACUACCGGUACCUCCGCCCCCGAAAGCCACCAUCACCAGCACCCGGCCCUAGCACCGUCCUCGUCAACAGCGGAGCUGAAGAAGCAGGUCGACCAGGCGAUAAGCUAUGAAUUCGGCUGGAGCAGCAGUCCCGGUUCCAGUCCCAAUGGUACUGCUACCGGCAACAAUGGCACGACAACGACGGCGGCAGCAGACCACGUGAACCGGUCCGGCAGCGUGGUGCUGGGCAGUGGGACGGUGCCGGUGCGGCAUGGCAUGGUGGCGAGGCCUGCGUUGGGGGUUGCGAGGCAGCAGAGUUGGGUUACGGAAAGGGGUGUGAUUGCGGAGCCGGACGAGGAGGAGGAGGGGGGGCCGGUAUUGGGGAGGGGAGCUUUUGGGCAUGGGCAUGGGCAGGGAGGCGGGAGGAUAGAGGAGGAUACGGAGAUGCUAUUGUCGCCGACGAGUAAGUGA